GGCCGCAGGCGCUGACGUGGCUGCCGUCAGAGCCGCCAUCUUGUGGGAGCGCAACCAACGCCUGGCUCCGAGCAGCCGCCGCCGAGGUCUCUGGCUGUUGUAGCUUCCACGUGUGCACGAUCAUGGGGAAUAUCUUUGCAAACCUCUUCAAAGGCCUUUUUGGCAAAAAGGAAAUGCGCAUUCUGAUGGUGGGCCUGGAUGCUGCAGGGAAGACGACGAUUCUGUACAAGCUGAAGCUCGGUGAGAUCGUGACCACCAUCCCCACCAUAGGUUUCAAUGUGGAGACCGUUGAAUACAAGAACAUCAGCUUCACCGUGUGGGACGUGGGUGGCCAGGACAAGAUUCGGCCACUGUGGCGCCACUACUUCCAGAACACCCAAGGCUUGAUCUUUGUGGUGGAUAGCAAUGACAGAGAGCGAGUGAACGAGGCCCGGGAGGAGCUCAUGAGGAUGCUGGCUGAGGAUGAGCUGCGAGACGCAGUCCUCCUGGUGUUUGCCAACAAGCAGGACCUCCCAAAUGCCAUGAACGCAGCUGAAAUCACAGACAAGCUGGGGCUGCACUCCCUACGCCACAGGAACUGGUACAUUCAGGCCACCUGCGCCACCAGCGGGGACGGGCUCUAUGAAGGACUGGACUGGCUGUCCAAUCAGCUCCGGAACCAGAAGUGAAUGAGAAUCCCCCUUCCCCACCUCCUCCUCUCCACCCUCCGCUUUCCUCUCAUGUGGCAAACGUGCGACUCUGUGGUCCUGAGUGCCAGAAGCUGUCUCCAUGGGUGGGUCACAGUGUGCAUCGCACCCUGCUGUCCCUGUGCAGACGCAGCCUGCAGCCAGGUUCUUAUUUAAUGUAAAUAGUUUCUGUUUCCACUGAGGCAGUUUCUGGUACUCCUAUGCAAUAUUACUCAGCUUUUUUUUUUUUUUAUUGUAAAAAAAAAUCAACUCACUGUUUAGUACUGAGAAGGGAUUUGGGCACAUUGACACCUGCCCUCCAGGAGUCUGUGGCUGUGUUAAGAGCUAGAUGUACCUCUGGGUGUUAGAUCUGCUGAGAUCUAUUUAGUGGUUGGUUUUAAUCUGAACUCAGUGCAUUUUUAAAAACAGUUUAAAAUACAAGAUAAGGAGAACACUUGAACACACAGCAGGGAGACUGCCUCGUGUGGGGUUUGCAGUAACAGCCCGAGUGCUGGUCCAUCGGAUCGUCUGCUCCCCUUUGGGGACAAAACCACCCCAUGAUGCACUCUGCAUGGCUGUCUCUGGGUCACCCUGCAUUCCAUAGCGUUGUGCUUGUGCUCCUGCUCACAUGGUCACCUGGGGGAGGGGGCUGGGAGGCCAGGGCGUCCAACUCUCCCCUCAGGCCCCCCUUGGUGAAGCACGCGGCCGGAGUAGGAGCCUGUCGUUCCUGGCACCCACUCGCUCACGCACUUGCUCAGACACGUUGGCGGGAUGUGUGGGGUCUCACCAGCAGGAGCGCGUGCAAGCUGAGAGGGUUGGCCCGUUCUACAGCCACAGCCCCCGGAAACACCCCGACCUCCAUGUGUGAAGUAGCUUUCUCUCCCUCAGCCUGCAAGGGUCCGAUUUGCCAUCGAAAAAGACCUCUACUUUUUUUCUUUUGUAUUUUGAUAAACACUGAAGAAGCUGGAGCUGUUAAAUUUAUCUUGGGGAAAACCUCAGAACUGUUUUAUUUGGUGUCGUGGAACCUCUUACUGCUUUCAAUACACGAUUAGUGAUCAACUGUUUUGUAUACUUGUUUUCAGUUUUCAUUUCGACAAGCACUGUAAUUAUAGCUAUUAGAAAUAAAAUCUCUUAACUAUU